AUGAGAUUACAAUUGGAAACUCAUCAAAGUAAAUUGAUGCCUCUCUUGGUCCAGGACUUUGCUUUUAGCUGUCUUCAGCUUCGGAAGUAGGAGUAGUGCCUGGGAAAAGGUGCAAGGUUGUUUUAAUCUGGGACAAGCAAUAAAAUUAAUUCUGCUGGAAUGGAUGAAAAAAAUGAUCACCCAGCAGCUAAACCUGAGGAUGAACUAAGUGUUGCCAACAUCUCAGUCCAAAUGGUAGCUGCAGAAGAUAAGUUGGCAAAGAGGAUUCUGGCAAGGAAAAAACAUGGCAAAUUGAAAUUGAAGACAAAAGAAAAGCCGCUGUGGAAUUUUCAAAACAAAAUAAUUCUCUUUACCCUCAUACUAUUUGUUUUAGGAGUUGUAACCUGGACAUUACUGUGGCUCUUCAUUGUUCAGGCAGAAAACAAAGAUGCGUUGUAUUUCGUUGGACUCUUUCGUGUUGCCAACAUAGAGUUUCUCCCAGAGUAUAGGCAGAAGGAGUCGAAAGAAUUCCUCUCCAUGGCACAGAACGUGCAGCAUGUGAUGAACUUGGUCUACACAACAUCCUCAUUCUCCAAAUUUUAUAAGCAGUCCACAGUUUCAGAAGUCAGUAACAACAACAACGGAGGCCUCCUUAUUCAUUUCUGGAUCGUAUUUGUGGUACCACAGGCGAAAGGCCAAGUGCUAUGUGAGGACUGUGUGGCUGCCAUCUUGAAGGAUUCCAUUCAGACAAGUAUCAUUAACCGGACCUCGGUGGGAAGUCUUCAGGGCCUUGCGGUUGACAUGGACUCCAUUGUACUAAGUGCAGGUCUUCGGUCAGAUUAUUGGUCAACAACGGGAACAGGAAAAAAUUGUAUGGAUGAUCUCUACGCUGAUCGCCUACAUGAGCACUUUCCUCUGAAUAUUCAUGCUACCUCAGGGGGAACAAUCUGCUAUUUUAAACUGAUUGCCUCGGUGGGCCAUCUUAUUCGCCUUUCAAUAGUAUCCCUUCAGAUUGAAGCAGACAACUGCAUUACUGACUCGCUAACCAUUUAUGACUCUCUGAUGCCAAUCAAGCAUAAGAUACUGUACAGAGCUUGUGAACCAGCUGAUUCAUUGGUGUCACUUGUGUCCACAAAUAACCUAAUGCUGGUAACGUUUAAGGCAGCACAAAUAAAAGAGCGGAAGGAAUUCCAUGGCUAUUUUGAGGUCAUUACACAAGAAAGGUGUGGAAAAGCAAUAGUGACAAAAGAGAAAAUUGGCUAUGAAGGGACAAUCACGAGUCCUUAUUACCCGAGCUAUUAUCCUCCAAAAUGUCUUUGUGCAUGGAACUUCCAG